CAGCCGAAGCCCCGAUCGGCGAUCGCCCGUUGUCGCAAGGUUUUCAAUCCUCACCCCCUGCGGCAGCUAAUCUCACCAUCGUCGAUUUCUUUCUGAUCUUCAUCGUCGGAAAUGAAGGCGAAGGAACAACUUGAAGAGAAAAUGAAGAAAAGGAAAGGAAAAUUUUGGAUAUGGAUGAUGUUGUCAGUGAUUUUCAGGCUUGUUUUGAUAUAUUUUCCCAAUCUGAAUCUAUCCUCUCGACCCGAAGUCUCCACACCUCUAACAAGCAUUCAUCGAUUGGCUGAGGGUUACUGGUUGAAACAGUCGUCAAUGUCUCCGUAUACAGGAUCUAUGUAUCAUGGCUCUCCUCUGUUACUGUCUCUUCUAGGACCACUGACUGUCAAAAGAGUUGAAGGGCAACCGGACCAUCUUUUAUACAGUUUUGCGCUUGUGAUUGCAGAUGUUUUGAGUGCAUUGCUUAUUCGUGGAAUUGGUCAGAAUCUUCAGAGGGCAUACUAUCAGAGUUUGAAACUACUAAAAGUUAACUUAUCAAAAAGCUCAGAGAUCUUCCCAGCUGGAGAUAUUGCUUCUCUUGUGUACUUGUGGAAUCCUUUCACAAUAGUUGCAUGUGUGGGUUUGUCCACAUCUCCAAUCGAAAAUCUAGCCAUCGUGCUUACUCUAUAUGGAGCAUCUAAAGGACAAGUUCCGUUGGUUGCUUUUGGAUUUGUCAUGGCAACUCAUCUAUCUCUUUAUCCUAUAAUUUUGAUAAUUCCGGUAGUCCUUUUACUAGGUAAUGGCUUAGAUGCUCCUCCUAGGAAAAUGUUCUUUGAAAGGAGUUGUAGAGUCGUUGAAGGACCUUCAAGUGAUAGCUGUAGUCAGCAAGCGGAAGUGAUCAAUCAACCUGAAGUACCAAAUUGUUUCUCAGUGAGACCAGUCAUGUAUUUCUUAUUAUGGGUUUCUUUAUUUUCUGUUUAUCUGCUGCUUCUCUGUGGUGUAUCUCUGAAACAGUUUGGUGGGCUCUCCGAGAUGUUUAGAAGCACAUAUGGCUUUAUUCUCACUGUGCAAGAUUUGUCCCCAAAUAUUGGGGUUCUAUGGUACCUUUUUGCAGAAGUGUUUGAGUUCUUCAGGGACUUUUAUUUAAUAGUGUUCCAUAUCAAUAUUUUGUUUAUGAUAUUGCCAUUGUCCAUACGGCUCCACAAUCGACCUUUGUUUCUGGCUUUUGUGCUUCUUUCUAUUUCUGCCAUGUUGAAGUCUUACCCUUCGGUGGGAGACUCAGCUUUGUACUUAAGUUUUAUGGGAUUGUUUGUAGACGAAUUAGUUGAUUUGGAGUUUUCAUUCUUCCUUUUCUGCGGGUCUAUUGGGAUUUCCCUGCUGAGCCCUGUGAUGCACAACCUUUGGAUAUGGAGGGGGACUGGCAAUGCAAAUUUCUACUUUGCCAAUGCUAUGGCUUAUGCUUGCUUCCAGAUCGUUCUAGUGGUGGAGAGUGUAAGUACAAUGCUGAAUCAUGAUAGGAAACUAAGGAAGCUUUCUGCAGUGAAGCUUUCAUGAUAGUUAAGUCCACCCUCAAAAGAGAUUCAUCUCAGGCUAUUCAAUUUCAUUGGACAACUUUAGAGUUCCAGAGAUUCAAUAUCCAUGUACAAUUCCUGUAAUUGAAUGCCAACCUUGGGACUGCUUGAAGAGGGUGGAUACGUCCAUGUUAACGAUAAUAUCAUUUUUAAUGGGAAAACAAUUAUUUCUUACCACUUAUUUAGUUGAAUGAUUCUAGCUUCGCCUUGAAGCUUUUUUUCUGAAAUCAAAUUAAACCUCUAAUCUCACGAAACUGGUAAAAAUUAAUUACCAUCUACUAAUUGGAUUUGUAUGUA